AUGGCGAGCAGUCUAGCUCCAAUUGCGCAGCUACUGGAGGCGAGUUUGGAUCCUCGACAGCACAAACAAGCUGAGGCUGCGUUGAAGCAAGAGGAGACCAAGCCGGGCUUUUCUCUCCAGCUCCUCCAUAUCACAGCAUCAGAGACGUUUGCAUACAACACCCGUCUCGCCAGCGCACUUUGCUUCAAGAAUUUUAUCAAGAGGAAUUGGACAGAUGAGGAUGGCCAGUACAAACUUCCGGAGAGCGACGUCGUCACUAUCAAGCAGGAGCUUAUAAGCCUGAUGAUAUCCGUCCCCUCUGGUAUACAAUCUCAGCUGGGAGAAGCGGUCAGCGUCAUUGCUGACAGUGACUUUUGGGAACGAUGGGACACACUUGUCGACGACCUCGUCUCUCGGCUAUCGCCUGAUAAUAUCAAGACGAAUAUCGGUGUCUUGCAGGUAGCUCACUCCAUAUUUAAGCGAUGGCGGCCGCUUUUCCGCUCCGAUGACCUCUAUAGGGAGAUAAAUCACGUCCUCGGAAAAUUCGGACUACCAUACCUGGCCCUUUUCGAGUCCCUUGACGCGUACAUCGAGAAGAACAAAGACAGUAAAGAGAACCUAGCUCUAGGUUUUACGCAGCUCAACCUCAUGGUAAAGCUGUUUUAUGAUUUGUCGUCUCAUGAUCUGCCCCCAAUGUUCGAAGAGAAUCUAGGCGCAAUUGCGACCUUGUUCCUCAAAUAUCUGAUGUACGAUAACAAGCUUUUACACACCGACGAUGACUCUGAGUCUGGAUUGUUGGAAUUCGUCAAGGCCGGGACCUUCGAGGCCCUCACGCUCUACGUCCAAAAGUAUCUAGAUGUAUUCGGCUCUCUCGUCGAACAAUUCAUUGGUAGCUCAUGGAAUCUACUUACCACCAUCGGACAAGAGACCAAGUAUGAUAUCUUGGUCAGUCGGGCUUUGCAGUUCUUGACCUCCAUUGCAAAGAUUCCAGAACACGCAGCGGCCUUCCAGAAUGAAGGAACUCUGGGCCAAGUUACCGAGAAAGUCAUCUUGCCCAACAUCACGCUUCGAGAGUCUGAUGUUGAAAUGUUUGAAGAUGAGCCUAUCGAAUUCAUUCGGAGAGACCUUGAGGGUUCCGACAGUGAUACCAGACGACGAGCUGCCACAGAUUUCCUUAGACAACUUCUUCAGAGUUUCGAGGACUUAGUCACUGCUGUGGUCCUUAGAUAUGUCGACCACUACUUGGCUGAUUAUGCCAAGUCUCCUUCUGACAACUGGAAAUCUAAAGAUACCGCCGUCUACUUAUAUUCAUCUAUCGCAGCCAAAGGAGUUGCGACAGCAAGCCACGGUGUCACUACUAUCAACACCCAUGUCAACAUCACUGAGUUUUUCCAAAAGAAUAUCGCCUCCGAUCUUGUUGCGGAGACCGGCAUUCAGCCAAUACUGAAGGUAGAUGCCAUCAAGUACCUCUACUCGUUUAGAAGCAUCAUCACCAAAGAACAAUGGCGGGAGAUUAUGCCUCUAUUAGUAAAGCAUCUUGCGUCUUCGGACUACGUUGUUUAUACCUACGCUGCAAUCGCAGUUGAGAGAGUCUUCGUCCUUACCGAUGCUUCUGGUGCUCAAAUAGUGCCAGCAAGCGAUAUUACCCCCUUAGCUGGGCAACUUCUAGAGCAUCUCUUCCAGCUAGUCCAGAAAGAAUCAUCUGCUCCUAAAGUCCAGGAGAAUGAGUUUAUUAUGAGAUGCAUUAUGCGGGUCUUAGUGGUAAUCAAGGACGCUGCUGUUCCGCAAACAGAGUCAAUUCUCAAUCACUUCAUCAGGAUUACUCAAAUUAUCAGCUCCAACCCAAGUAACCCACGCUUCUACUACUAUCACUUUGAAGCUCUAGGCGCUCUUAUCAGAUACACCGGACCUUCUCACCCUGAUAAGCUUGGCCAGGCCUUGUACAGCCCGUUCUUUUCCCUCUUGAGAAAUGAUCUAUUAGCUGCCUUGCUAGAGGUGGACCCCAAUGCACCAUUCCCGGACUACUUCAAGGAGUUGAUUGCGCCAAUUCUCACGCCAGUUAUGUGGGAGCAGAAGGGAAACGUCCCCGCUCUAGUUCGUUUGCUGCAAGCUAUUGUACGCCGUGGAGGAGAUUUAUUGAGUAAAAACAAUCAAAUUGAGCCGAUAUUAGGAAUCUUCCAAAAAUUGGUUUCAUCCAAGGUCAACGAGAGCUAUGGCUUUGACCUUUUGGAGACUGUGAUCUCGACCUUCCCUUCGGCCAUGAUACAAAAUUAUUUCCCUACAAUCAUUCAAAUCAUCCUUACCCGACUUCAGAACUCAAAGACCGAAAAUUUCUCUCUCCGUUUUGUCCGGUUCUAUCACUUUCUCUCCGCCCACCUUGAGAAUGGGUACGGGGCAGAUUUCUUCAUCCAAUGUACUGAAAACAUCCAAAACAACGUCUUCACCCCCAUUUACCUUAGUAUAAUCCUUCCAGAGUCUAGAAAACUUGCUCGUCCCCUUGACCGCAAAAUUGCAAUCAUCUCGUUUGCCAAAACACUGGCACACUCUGAAGCAUUUGCCUCCCGAUAUAAGAAGGGAUGGGGCUUUACCUGCGAGGCACUACUGUACCUUCUCGACCAGCCGAUCCUCCCCACUACUGGCGAUGAUAUUGUUGCAGAGCACGACGUUGAAGAUAUGGCUUUCGGAGUUGGAUUCACCCCACUAACAACCAUUCGAAUGCCACCUAGGGACCCCUGGCCAGAGACUGGUCCGCAAGUUGGCCAAUGGGUUGCUACUUAUUUGAAGGAGCAGAAUACCAAGAGCAAUGGAAAGAUUCAGAAUUUCGCUCAAGAGAGGCUGGAUCCCCAGAUCCUACCUGGCCUGGCCAAGCUUCUUGCAUAG